ACCACGACUGAAGAAUUCUCACCCUUCUGUCUUCCAGAAAAUCGCCUGAUUUCUGGAAAACAGAAAUCCUGUCAGCCAAUAAAACGAGGACGACCCCCACUUCCGUACAACUCCUCUCUGAUUGAUCGUAAUGUCGUGCCUGUGUUGCAUUCAGCGAAGCCGGGAAAUGAUAAAACUUCCUUCUUGUUUAAUAUCAUAGGGCGGCUCAGUUCAUGGAGAUUUCUUCUUUCUCUGGUGAAAAACAGAUCUGGGGCUUGAUGAGAAUCAUUCGGGGCUAGAGCCGGGAAUGCCCAGUCCAGUGUUGACUAAAAUGGCUGUUUUACACCUACUGCUGGGUUUGCUUGGUAAAGCCCUCUUCCUGCUGUCUUGUCUACUUUUCGUUGCCUUCCUGGGUUACUGCUUGUACCUCAAGUACAUUCACAUGAAAUAUGACCACAUACCAGGGCCACCGAGGGACAGCUUCUUCUUUGGCCAUUCACCAACACUUUUGAGGAUUAUGAAAAGAAAUGGAGUAGUGCAUGACAAAUUCCUGGAAUGGUCUGAGACAUACGGACAUGUUUACAAGAUAAAUUUUCUGCAUUACGUUAGUGUGUUUGUGACCUGUCCAGAGACAACAAAGGAAAUUUUGAUGUCCCCAAAGUAUCCUAAGGAUAAAGUAGUCUAUAAAAGACUCUUUAAUCUGUUCGGACAAAGGUUUUUUGGCAAUGGCCUGAUAACAGCUCGGGAUCAUGAGAUGUGGUACAAACAACGUCGGAUCAUGGACCCUGCCUUCAGCAGCUUGUAUUUGAGAGGCCUAAUGAGAACCUUCAAUGAGAGAGCAGAGAAACUGAUGGAAAAACUCUCAGAGAUGGCUGAUAAUAAUACAGAGGCCAACAUGCUUCAACUUGUCAACUGUGUCACGCUUGAUGUCAUUGCUAAGGUUGCUUUUGGUAUGGAGUUAGACCUCCUGAAUCAUUCUUCACCCUUCCCCAAGGCCAUCGAGACUUGUCUAAAAGGGAUGCUGCAUUACGUUAGAGAUGUCACAUUUGAGUACAUUCCCUGGAACAGAACAUUCGUUAAUGAAGUGAGGGAAGCUUGUCGCUUCCUGCGCACAACUGGAGCUCAGUUGAUCCACAAGAGAAAGAUCGCCAUAGAAAAUGGAGAGGAUGUUCCGAAAGACAUUCUCACGCAGAUCAUCAAGACUGCUGCCACAGAGGAAACCAUGACUGAAGAAGACGAGGAGUUUAUGUUGGACAAUUUUGUAACAUUUUUCAUUGCUGGUCAAGAAACGACAGCCAAUCAACUAGCGUUUUGCAUCAUGGAACUCGGAAGAAAUUCUGAAAUCCUGGAGAAAGCAAAGAAAGAAGUGGACGAUGUCAUUGGGAUGAAACAAGAAAUAAGCAAUGAUGACCUCGGGAAGCUGAUCUAUCUCUCACAGGUGCUGAAAGAGACUCUGAGAAUUUAUCCUACUGCUCCAGGAACAUCCCGUGACAUAGAGGAGGACAUGAUGAUCGAUGGUGUCCACAUACCAGGGGGAGUCAGUUGUGGGUUCAGCAGCUAUACUGCUGGGAGAAUGGAAAAGUUCUUCAAGGACCCUCUGAAAUUUGAUCCAGACAGAUUUCAUCCAGAUGCUCCAAAACCCUAUUACUGCUACUUUCCCUUUGCUCUCGGUCCACGGUCGUGCCUGGGUCUGAACUUUGCUCAGAUGGAGGCUAAAGUGGUGAUGGCAAAACUGCUCCAGAGGUUCGAUUUCAGCCUUGUCCCAGGACAGAGCUUUGACAUCCAGGACACUGGGACGCUGAGGCCAAAGAGUGGAGUGAUCUGCACCAUCAAACACAGGAAAUACAAAAACUAAGCGACGUUAAUGCUUAACAACAGAAAUCACAGCAGUCCUUGUGGUAAAACGUAAUUGCUGGCUAGGUUUGUAGUCCUGUCUCAGCUUAUAGAUGUUUAUAUUGAACAGCAAGUUUCUCUAUGUAUUUUCUUUUGAUCAUGCUUAUAAUAAUCUUUUAGUUUCUGAUAGAAUUUUUGGGUUAUUUGGCUGAUCUUGAUGACUGACAAAGUGUAUUUUGGGUGCAGUAUGCUAUGUAUAAUGCAAUCAGUUCACUAUAAUUUGACCAUUGCUGACAAUCUACAUAUGUGGGGGCGCUGUGAUAAAAGCUGAGUAGCAUAUGUUUUAACUGCAUAGGAGGCUAAAAGUCCAUUAGAAAUUUUUUUAAAUGGGAUCUUCCAUUUUCUAUAGGUUGAAUAAUGAUAACUUGUGCUUGUUCUGCUCAAUCCAAACUACCGGACACCCUAUUAUGUUUUCAUGGGAUGUAAUAUGGACACCGUGGCCGGAGGUUCACAAACGGAUUAAAUUUAAGAUUCAAUCAGAUUAUCACUCCUUUUCCUGAGACAAUACCACCUUUAGUUCAAUUCCAUGAUAAUAUUUAAUGUUAUUUUGUACCCAAAUUUGUGCAGGGUUACAAAGCCCCCAAGUUUUUUUUUGUAAUUUUUUUAACAUACUGUAAUUAUUUAUGAUAUUUUAAGUUGCUUAAAUGAAAAAAAUAAUACUACAGAAAAUUUUGCUCUGAAAUAUCUGCUCAAUGAACUGAUGAAGAAGUGUCUCAGAGUGGCUUUUUUCACUAUGUUAUUUUCUAUCUGACUUUUUGGUAAUAUUUUACUUUAUAUCUUUGUUUAUGCUUGCUUGAAUUUAUAACAAAUUAUUAAAUAAAUAAAACAUA